AUCUGCCCUCUUUAGGCGGAGCUUUGCGCUGCGGAGGAAGCCUAGUGCGCUUGCGCGGCCCGAGAGCCCGGUCCCAGCAAAGAGUUGGUCCCAGGAGAAAUGGCCCUGGUACCCUAUGAGGAGAGCGCGGAGAUAGGGCUCCAGAAGUUCCACAAGCCUCUUGCCACCUUCUCUUUUGCAAACCACACCAUCCAGAUCCGUCAGGACUGGAGGCAACUGGGAGUCGCAGCAGUGGUUUGGGAUGCGGCCAUUGUUCUUUCUAUGUACCUGGAGAUGGGGGCCGUGGAGCUCGGGGGCUGCUCUGCUGUGGAGCUUGGUGCUGGCACAGGGCUGGUGGGCAUAGUGGCUGCCCUGCUAGGUGCGCAUGUGACUAUCACGGACCGACAAGUAGCAUUAGAAUUUCUCAAGUCAAAUGUUGAAGCCAACUUACCUCCCCAUAUCCAGCCCAAAGUUGUUGUUAAGGAGCUGACUUGGGGACAAAAUUUGGGAAGUUUUUCGCCUGGAGAAUUUGAUCUCAUACUUGGAGCUGAUAUCAUAUACUUAGAAGAUACCUUCACAGAUCUUCUUCACACCCUGGGGUACCUCUGUGGCAACCACUCUGUGAUUCUUUUAGCUUGCCGAAUUCGCUAUGAACGGGAUAGUAACUUCCUAAUGAUGCUGGAGAGGCAGUUUGCUGUGCGGAAGGUUCACUACGAUCCUGAGAAGGACGUCCAUAUUUACAGAGCACAGAAGAGAAGCCAGAGGGAGGACUUGUAGUGGGCACUGUUUCCUGAGAAUUGAAUGUGUCAGGUAAGAUCUUAGAACUAGAACUCCUGUGUGAUGGACUGCAGGUCCAUCCAACCAGAGCUGCUCAAAGAGCACAGCACAUGUGUUGUUUGCAGACAAAUCCACCUUGUCACAUUGCCAUAACUGUGUGUCACGACUGCUCACUGCUGAGCAGUGAAUGCACAUGGGAGGUUUGCCUGGCGUUCUUUCCUUAGCCAGUGUGCGCACUUGGUAAGCGUUUCCCACUAACACUCUGAAAAGAAUCGUACAGAGGUGUCUUUAAAUUGGUGAGAUUCAGCAGUGCAUUCUGGGCUGUACGUUUGUCUCGGUUUUCUCAUCUGCUGAGUGUAAACCAAGUUGAAGUCUCCUACUCUUCUUGUGAGAUAAGGCCUUACUCCAGCCCUGGCUUGGUCUAGAACUGUAGACCAGGCCUACCUCAAACAGUGAUUCUCCAGCCUCUGUCUCUGAGUGCUGGGAUACAGGUGUGCCACGGCACCUGGAUUACCAUUUAGUCCUUAGGCACCUUGAGAUGAGGAUGCAUUCUGUCAGCAGAUUUCAAGGGUAAGAAUGUAAGCAAAGGAAUAAAAAUUUUUACAUUUAAAAUUACAUAAAACUGUGGCCUGAAAUUUUCCUCCAAAACAAUGCUUUGUUUCAGCUUUGCUGUUUCUUGCUGUGGUUGUCUCUGUUUCUUAGGUGUUUCCCCCGUCUUUUAUGUGUCAGUUCUGAAAAGUUAACUCUCAUUUUACGAAGGUUAGCUCCCAAGGUACAAACCUAUAUUGUGCCUGUAAUCACUGCUUGGAUCUCGGGCUCCCUGUAGGCUGCAAGCUGCUGGAGGCCUCUCUGACUUUCCUUCCCUUUACCCAGUAAGAAGCAUAUAACAAGUGACCAGGGUAAAGUCCAUUAGAGGCUGCUGAUGCUGUGUGGUGGCACGGAGCAAACCCAGGUCGUGCACACACUGGGCAGACACUAACCCCAAGUUACUACAUCCCGAGCCAGAGGUUACUGGUUUUUGAGUUUUCUCUGGGUAGACUUUAUGAAUAAAGUUAUCAAAACAAGCUUUUCUUUUACAUUUAACUAAAAAUUUAAGCAGUUUAGACAAUGGCAUUUGGUAAUAGAAAUGUGUUGAACUUGUAUACACUAUUCAAGGCCUCGUUUUCCUUUAAUAAAUAUUUUGGAUAUG